CCAAAAACGCUCAAGAAGAAGAACAAGAAGUGCGCUAGAAUCAGAGCCAUGGCUAGAAUGGAUGUUAGGACAAUAACAUAGUGAGCUUGAUGAAUGAGUACACUUCUGUGGAAGAGAUGAAGGUUAAAAUAAAGCAGUGGAAUGGUGUGGCGUCGUGGAUGUGGGUGGCCAACGAUGAGAACUGCGGCAUCUGCAGAGCGCCUUUCAAUGGCUGUUGCCCAGACUGUAAGGUCCCAGGAGAUGAUUGUCCGUUGGUUUGGGGUCAGUGCUCUCACUGUUUCCACAUGCACUGCAUCCUGAAGUGGCUGAACUCUCAGCAAGUGCAGCAGCAGUGCCCAAUGUGCCGUCAGGAGUGGAAAUUUAAAGAGGGAGACACUUCCUGAGGAGAUUAAAUAAUUGCACACUCAGAUCGAUUCUUUUGUUUGUUUAUUGUACAAUGGUAUAUUUUACAUCCUACAAAUUUAGAAUUUUGAUUAAAUAUCCCACAAAAUGAAAAUAUUUUAAAAAACACAUGGUAUGGUUUUGUACAAAGAGGCUGCUAUCACUGAUAAAGUAACUGCAUUUUGCAGUCCAACAGUCAUUUUAAAUUAUGAACACAGUACAGAAUGUCACAGAACACUUACAAUGGUAUGCAUUUGUGCAUAUCUUAAAUAACUUGACAUGAAAUUCCCACAAUUUGAAAUAUUUUCAAAUUGAAUCAACACUCUUUUACUUUAUUUUGGGAUAAUAAAUAGUCAACCAUUCUUUGCUAACAGAUUUGUGAUGGAGUUAACUUUAAAAUGUAACCUGCAUAUUAGUCCACAAUUAUUGAUAAUUAGUUUAUUUGCCCUGAUUGUCUGUAAGCCAUAUGGUAAUUCUUGAUUAAAAUCAUUCCUGGUAGUAAUAAAAUAAUUAAUAACAAAGGCACCACAGUGGAUCUUAUUACUAAUUAUAUACUAAAUCAUUAUAUAUAUAAACUUAAAUUCGGAUAUAGCGCAGAUAUUAAUAAACUACCAACUAUAUUAUAUUAAGUUGCAUAAACCAUAUGAUAUAUGAGUAAACCAUUUAUUAUGUGGUUUAUGCAAUGGUUGGAAAGAGUGGAGUAAGAUGAAUUGGUUACCAGUUGUACAACUGGUACAGGUAUUGAGAUAAACUAAUGCAGCAAAAGCAAUAUUGAACAAUUAGAGAAACUGAAAUAAAGCUUAUAUAUAAUGAAAUAUGUCUUUCAAAAAAGUAGCAUUGGCACAUCCUUGCCCAGAAUGGGCAACUUGAACAAGUUAACUAUUUCCAAGUGAAAACAUUAAUGUUAUACACAGUGAUAAUUCAAUAAUGCAUUGAUCUCCACAUCUUUGUGCUGUACCUUUCUUGCAGACAUCUGUAAACCAAAUAGAUGUUAUUUAGUGUGUUUUAAUAUUUGUGAACCAUUUUUACAUUAGUAAAACCAAAAGCAAUCAUGCAAAUUUGUGGACAGUGAGUUUCAAUGCUUGUUAAAGGAACCAGGCAAAAAAAUUAAAAAUAUAAUUAAAAUAGAGAAAUAUUAUUUUUUAUAAACAUAUGUUUAUAUGUGCAUAUGUUUUCAAUGAAACAAUGUUUUCAGAAACAAUAUAUCCAUUAUUGGGAGGAAAGGUGCUACAUGAAAAUAAUAUUGUAUAUACUAGAGAAUCUUAUAUACCAGAGGUUGCAGAACAGUUGAACCAUUGACUCAAAUUGCCCCACAACCACCAUUUAUAUAAAAAAAUAAAUAAAAGUACCAAAUUGAGUAAUUUAGGUCUUUCCGUGUUUGCAAAUUAUAAAAAUGGCAAAUUCAAAUUGUAAGCCUAGAUAAACUAAAAGAACAAAAUGAUUAAAAUGUUUUAAAAGCAUACAUUUAAAUAUAUAGCACAUUUUCAUAAAUGCUACCCUCAAUCACAAGAGUCCAUAUUUGAGUCAUAUGAGUCUCAAGAUUCCAUAUUUGGUGUUUAUUUUGUGAUAGAAGUAAUA